AUCAUUUUCUUUGUCCACAUACCUCACCCACCUAUUGGCCAGGUUUAAGCGAAACCAUGGAUUUUGCAUGUGCAAAAUAAAACAGGCCAAACCAUGAUGGAACGUGAUCCCAGCUCAUGCAACAUAUGCACAUAUUCUGAGCUAAGUUUUCAGUUUGGCAACUUGUAUGUAAAUGGUUAGCACUUACAUAUCUAAAUAUUUCGUGUAAAACUACCUACACAAUCAUCAAAUUGGCGACAUUCAAACGUCUAAUCAAGUGCAACAAUUUAAUUUCAAGUAAUGGACCGAGAUACAUGGCGACGCUUAAACUUUAUGGGAUCCCUUCUUCCCAACAAAUGUUUGAUCUUACUCCUCUUAAUAUGCACUUUUGGAAUGGUGACAUCCAUCCAAGAGUUCAAUUUAAGCAGCGCAGAGCACAGGGACAUCUUGAAAUGGCUGACUGAAUCGUCCCUCUGCGGAAAAUAUGAGACGCUUUGUAAGAAAUCGUAUGGUUCUCAAUAUUGCUGCGGGAGUAGUACCGACUACACUUGUUGCCUUAAUGAGGACACCUGCUGUCCAAGUUAUACCAGAUGUUGUGGUCAGUAUUGCUGUCAGUAUGGACACGAGUGCCGCAUAGACGGCUGUUACGGCACAAAGAGGACGAUCAACUACGGAAAUUUCGCGAUUGGAUUGGGGAUAUCCGCGCUUCUGGGGAUAUGCGGAUGUGUUGCGAAAUCUGGAUCCUCCGACAGGGAACAGAAUCCGCAAAUGUCUAGUGGUGCGAGACCAGCCGAGCCUCAGGAGGAGAAUGAUGAAGUCGCCGUGUAAUCUAUGGAAAUAUAACUAUUUAUGAAAUUUAAUUCAGAAGAUUUAUUGAGUAUUUUACUGAGUAAGGAAUGUUUAUAUGAAUAACCAAUUUGGAAUGCAUAUUUUUAUUCAGGAAUUGUAAAUGCGAUACAGAUUUGAUACAUUAAUUAACAAUGGAAAUAUUUAAAUUUUAAAAAUAAGUAUCACAUAAAUUAAAGUUAAAAUUCAAACAAAUGUUUACUCUGGCUAAGUACCUCUUAUUUCCAGGGUAUGUAAAAGUCAUUUGAAUUUUUUGCAGAAUUAUGUGAUUGAGGAAUUAAAAUUAAGAACAUUUUUCAAUGCUUUAUGUAAUAAUGUGCUUAAUUAUAAUGCCUCGACCAUAGCCUCGCGUUUAAAUUAUUACUAUAUAUACUUAACUAAUACUAAACACUUGCAUUUAUGUAACUUACAAAUUACGGCUUUACUUGUAUUGCCUUCGUCGCAUUUCAACCUUAGAAAAUUCAAAAUUCAAAAUAAACUUAUGACUUGAUAAAAAUACUUACUUGCUAUUUUUGAGUGUAAUUAUUUAGAGCUUAAAUUCCAAGGUUAAACAAAUAUAUGUAUAUGUAUGUACCUACAUAAAUAAUUUCAUAUGCAUAACUCUAUUAAUUCAAUUUUGGAUUACAUCGAUAGCUUGGACAUAUGGAAGUGUUGGAUUACAUACUUAAAAUAUUUCACACUAACCCACUAAAUUUUUUGGGCACGAAUUUUACAAAUCUUUAUCCUAUACUAAUAGAUAAUAUAUUUUUAUUUCUAACGAAUAUCUACAUAAUUUUUAUGACCCUGCCCACCUACUUUAUUUAUAGGCACUCAUAAUUGAUCAUUUCAUUUCGGUUUUUUUAUUCACUAUUUUCAGUACUUUUUCGUACUUUCCGUAGUUCCGUACUUCUCGAUCUCCAUAAGUUUAAAAGUGGGAACCAUUAACUUGACUUACCAUGUCCAAAUCGGACGUGGAAAACACCAUCGUGCCGAUCACUUUAUACGUCGACUUUUCCGUAUCAUAAUAAUCUCCUACUUUAUAAAAUGGUUCAAUUUCUACCAUUUCACCCCCCUCGAAUUUAUUCACAUUCAAAACUCUACCCGACUUGUGAGAAAAGUAUAACGCCCACGUUCUAACUUUCUCCUUCUCAAUUCUUAAUUUUGGGUAGCAUUCCCCCACUUGGAGAAGAAUGUUUAAUUCAUACAAAUUAAUGUGGUGCGUUUGAGCGUACAUUUUCGGGAUUAAUGCGCCCGGAACACGUGCCCCUACCUCCAGAAAUGUGAUCUCACCAGACUCCGGAUUUCGAAAAACUUCACAAUGAAACAAACCUCGGGUUCCUCCCAAGGUGUGAACCGCUUUGACACAAAAGUCUAUAAUUUUCUGUGCGACAGAGGAAUCGACAUGAUUCGUACUACCGAUGCAGUCGUGCCGACUAUCAAAACCCAUAAAUGAUUGGAAGUAAAGGGCACAGUCGGAAAAUAUGGGAAAUUUUUGGUUACUCGAAAUCGCAAGGUCACAAUGAUACAGCUCCCCUGAUAAAAACUCUUCCGCUUCGUGGUUAAGGGCGGGGUCCAAAUUUGCAUAAAUGUCUACAAACUCAACAUAACUGUUUACCUUGUAAACACCAAAACUGCCUCCGGAAUUGAUAGGCUUGACAAUAAAUGGGGAUCCGAGAUGACUCUCUAUUAAAUUGUACAAGACUGAAGGGUCUUGCGAAGCUGUGGGUAAUUUCAUAAAUUCGGGGACCUUAACAUUUCCCUGGACAAGGGCUUUCUUCAUG